GUCAUUUUCAACAUGGCGUCCCUCGCGAGGUUUCGUGCGAACUUGCGUUUGGAGAAAGAGCAUUUUCUGGCACGGUGGAGUUCUUUGAAGAGACUAAGAUUGUUGCAGAGAUGUAAACAUACAGAAUGUGCAGUUGAGGUUGAAGUUGGAGGCCAGUAAGUGUGGGAUUAACACCCUUGAUAUCUUUUCACGUGGUAUAUGCCAUCGAUGGAAAAUAUGCGAAAUAUUAGGACCUUAUUCAUUCCUUAAUUAAAUAAUUAAGCUUAAUUUUUUAACAGUUUUGGUCAUGUUUGUGUCGUAGAAAAAUGUCAUUCGCAACGGGUAAAAUGGCUAGGUUGGCAGACGGAGCCGUGGUUGCUGAGGUAAGCUGUUGUCUUCAAUAUAUUACAAUUAUUAUUAAUCCUUAAAAUAAGUUUUAUAUUAAGAAUUGAUACUUUCCAUAAGGUAUGUUGCAAACCUAAUAUUAUUACGAAGUAACGUAAGUCAAGUUGAUACCAGUUUUGCACCUGUGGAUAAUAUUGUUUUUCAUCAGAAGUCCAUAAAGAUCCAACUUGUUUAAGCAUCUGUACCAAAGACAAUAAAGAUAACAAUUUGAACAGUCUUGGAACUCGAUGUCAACCACGCAAGCUUGAACUAAACAUUGAGGGCAUGGUAUUCAAGAUACAUACAAGCAAUAAUGCCUAUUUUGCGAGGUCAAGAUAGCUAGAUGAGGCCGAUUACUAGCCAUCUUUACAGAAUAACUUAGGUGCUGCGCACUGAUCAAGUUAGCCCCUUUUUGUAAAUUAGUGUUGUAACUUCCUUGUGUGGUCAUCUGGAGAUCUGGAGUGUUAUGGCUUUAUCAGAAAAGUGGGCUCCUUUAGAAAAAGGGAGCCCUGAAGGGCCAAUCAAAUGGUUCACCUCUGCCUAAAGAAUUUUAAGUUCUUGUUAUAAAGAAAUGAGUAAAUUUUGUGUCUCUGAAGCCAAUUUUCAAUUAUCAAAUACUUCUAUUGCUUUUUUUUCACUCCAAUAACCAUUAAAAUUAAAAUUUGAAUCUUUCAUUAUAUGUACACAGAAAAUAUCACAUCCCUAAAUUUAGAUUUCCACAAUAUUUCUAUCUCCUAUAGCAUGGAGGGAAUUCUACUCUAGUUGCUGUUGUUGGGGAUAAGAAAUCAAAACCAACUGGUGACAAAAGCUUGCAUCUAAAAGUAAGGUGUACUUUGUUCCUUUUUUAUGAGUCAGUGAAUCUAAAUCUUAAAUAUGAUUUGUUAUUUACCUGUUUCUGUUGUGUCAUUGCAGGUUGAUUAUAAAGAAAAAGCAGCUGCAGGAGGCCAGAUUCCUAAAACAUUCUUCAGGAAAGAUGUUAUUUUAUCCGAAAGAGAAACAAUUGUCAGUAGACGGAUUGGUAUGAGAAUUUUUUGUGUUCUGUAUUCUCUCUCUCUCUAAGAAUUUUCUAAAAGGUUCUUUGGUUUUCUUCAUUCUAGAAGUACCAACAUUAUACCAAAUUAUAGUUGAAUCUGGACUCAGAGAACUAGGGGCCACCAUGUUGAUACAUUUGCUCCUGAAAAAAUCCAAUAUCUUUCAUAUCUAUUUGAUCAUUAUUCUUUUGUAUUCAUGGUGCAUACUAUAACAUCAAGUCAUAAGUAUGGACCCCAGAAAGCUUACCUAGAAGGGAUUUUGUGGCUAAAAAUAGAAGAGACACAUAAGUGAAUGAAACUUUUUGGAAUCGUCUACCAUUUUACUUUAUGCAAUAGUGUAGUUUGAUCGUCUGUGUGAGUGUAGUCCUGAGAAGGAUUGUUGUCAGUAGUGGUAACUGAUGUUUCAACAACCUGAGCAGAAGUUGUUAUCAGAGUCAAGUGAAUCGUUGGUGUCAGUUAAAUGAUGUCAUCAGUCAAAAGUUGUUGUCAGUUGAAUCAAUGACUGACCCUGGAAAGCUGGUUUACUAACUUGAAACAGACUCCCCUCAACAAGUGUCAACCACUACUGUUGCCAUACAAAUGACUCAUUCACGACAUUAACAUUACAAAUGAACCAAACAGAACAACCUUUCUUACUAAUGGAUGAAGACCAACCAAUCACAACUGACAUACACCACUUGAGUCUUACAGCCAAUAACAUCACAGCAAAACCAAACAAUCAGUUUGUACAAACCGGACUAAGAACAUUUGACUGACAACAAAUAUUCACUUGACUCUGAUGAUAACUUCUGCUCAGGUUGUCAAAACAUCAGUCACUACUAGCGACAACAGUCCUUCUCAGGACUACACUCACCCAGACCAUCAUUAUACAUAACAUUACAUGUUACCCCCAGGUUCAAACCAUUUACUGCAUUUUACUUUAUGAUAAAUCAGAAACUCAUUUUCCACUUUCUUCUUUAAUAGACAGAUCACUCAGGUCAUUAUUCCCCAAUGGUUACCAUGAUUCUACUCAGGUAAGAUUGGCAUUUUCCUAUUCUUUUAAACUAAUUUAGUUAGUGAAGGGAGACUGAUGGUGUUCUAUUUAACCCUUAAAGCCCUUAGAGUGACCAGGAUCUAAUUUUUCCUUGCAGUCAUUGUGUCAUCCUAGAAUCAAACAUUAAGAUCACAAGAAGUAAGGAGAUGAUCAUUGACUAAAGAAUGUUUUGAUAGUUAAAUGAACUCUCACUGUCAGCCACAGGAAAUGUAAAGAGAAUAGAAUAGGUAAUAUGCAUACUGAGGGUAGGGUGUUUUAACACACCAUUUUAACCCUCAAAAGGGUUGAAAUGUUUAAAUAAUGCAUUGGUGAGGUAGACUAUUUCUAGAGACAUCUCUCUCUGUCUACUUGCACUAAAACAUCUUUUAUAUCCAAGACUAUAUUUGUGGAGCAUUAUUUUGAUAUUUACUGGUGUGCUGUUUAUAUGAAGAAUAACUGUUAGAAAUAUUUGUAUCUAUCUAAUAUUACAUGUAUUUUCACUUAGAAUUGUGUGUUAUUCCUUUUGUUUGAAUGUGUAACAGGUAACAGGAAUUUUAUGGGCAGCAACUGGGCUUCAUGAUCCUGAUAUUGCUGCUAUGAAUGGAGGUCAGUUUUAAUAAUAACUUAAUAAUAACAUUUUUUUCUGAAAUCCCAUUCAUGCCAUGGGGGAAUGGAGAGGGGAAGUAGCAGAACUCCAAGUCACUUGAUAUUUUUGAAACUGAGAUAUACUAUGUCAUCAAGUAAAUAUUGGUGGACACUCUAAGAACCUUAGCUUGGGAGUCACUGAAGUCUUUGUGCUACUGGUCUGGUGACAUUAGAGCACAAAGACAGGAAGCAAAUCACAAACAAAAAUCUGAUGAACUCCAAACAAACAUCAAGAGACAAAGUGAGAAAUUAAGUACUCACUAAUUUUGGUACUAACAUUUGAGUACUAUUUUAUCUGUAUUUUGUUGCAGCUUCUGCAGCUGUUUCAGUGUCUGAUAUCCCUUGGAGUGGUCCCAUUGGUAAGAUGUUGGAUAAAAGCUUAAUGUAUUUCAGUGCUGGUUUCAUUAUACCCCUUAAAUGAUAAUCCACUCAAGAGCAUGCUUCUAAAAUCAGUUCCACCUUGUAACACAUUUCAGGUUUCUUGGCCAUUUUGCAUUUCAUGAAGUAUAUGUCAGCUUUGGACUUGCUUUAUGCUUUUAGUUAAUUUGAUAAAAAAGGAUGAGAAGAAGAGGAAGCUUUUGUGUUUCACUAGUGGGAAACUGAACCCUCAGUGGGUUGUCAACUAAAUUUGUCUUUCUAACUGUAUGUUAUGUCAAAAAACUGAGACACAGGGUCAAAAAUUAUGGAUUGAAAUAAUAGAAAAAGCUUUCAAUCAGUUGAAUGAAAUUAUUUUGUUUGUGGUUUUAUAUUUUAGGUGCUGUUAGAGUUGGAGAGGUUGAUGGAAAGUUUGUUAUUAAUCCCACAUGGUCAGAACUUAGUAUCAGCAAGUUGAAUCUUGUUGUUGCUUGCAGUAAAACAAAAGUUGGUAAGAUGAGAAUAUAAGCAACUGUUUAGUUGUAAAUACAUAAGGUCACAUUUUCCCAACAUUAUCAAUGAGCAUGUGCUUUUCCACUAGGGUUGACAAUUAAAUUAAAGAAUGAAACUUAAUUUGCUUACCAGAAUGAUGUUUUUAUGAGAAAAAUAAAACAAUUAAGAAUGAGACAAAGAUUAACCUUUUAACUCCCAGCAGUGAUCAAUAUGCAACUUCUCCCAAUAAUAUCCAUACAAUAUCCAGCAAACGGGUGAUGAGAAUACUCAAAUUUAUCAGGUACAAGUUGCCAUCUUGAUCCAACACCAAAUUCUUGUAACUAAUUUACAGCAGCUAGAGGGGAGAAUUAAUAAUCAGAUCUUGGGAGUUAAAGGGUUAAAGGAAACUGUACUUGGUAUUCAUCAUUAUUGAAGGGAAUUGGAUGAUUAUUUUUAGGAGCAUAAGAGAAUAAUAAGAGUUUCUUUGAUUCCCAAGAGUAAUGAAACUUUUGAUUUACAACUCAGUUCCUGUUGAAUGUUUGAAGUGCUGAGCUGUGGGAAAAACUUAAUUCAUAGCAAAUAAAGUAGCACUGUACAACUUGUGUUUUCCACUUAGCUUUGAUUAAGUCAAACAACAGAAUAAGAAUCUAUGAUAAAUAACUUUCAAACUGAUGGUAUUAAAAACAGUGUUCUUGUGACUUUCAGUGAUGAUAGAGGCAUUUGCUCAAGAAGUGAGCUCUGAGAGAUUUUGUGAAGCUGUAAGAUUUGGCUUUAAGGAGGUAUGCCAUGAAAAAAGAUAUAAAUCUUACUUAAUCGUUGAGAUUAUACUAGUGAAAUUAUUACUGCAUUUAACUGAGGGUUAUAUUUCAUCAACAGUGUCAAACCAUUAUUGAAGCUCUACUUGAGUUGCAAAGACAAGCGGGAAGGAAGAAGGACAUGUCACGAGUUGGGCGUGACACACCUCCUAAAGAGAUAAAGGAUGCUAUUGUGAGGUAAAGAAGUCUUAUAAAAAAAACUGAUUGGAUCAAAAAAGGUUUAAUAUCCACCUCUUUAUGGACUGAAACUAAGAACAGACCUCCUCCCCUCCUAAAAAAAAAAAAAAAAAGAAAAAAAAAUGAAAUCAUGCCUAACUGAAAUUAAGCACACAUAAUACAGACCUUAAUCAAGAUACACAGGACUCAUACAUUACUUGAACAAGGUCAAUUUGUGGCAUCAUCUUGGCAAAUUCGUUCAUUGAUAACUCUUGACAUAGCAAAUUUUGAAUCGUUAAAACAAGAACAUUGCUGUUUAAGAGAUUGACACUAAGAUCAGAGCCUGACAAUCUAUCACGUUUUGCCAGUUUUAGUUAGUAAAGAUCACUGAACAUAUAAUUUACGUUCUGUUUUUUUCUUUUCUCCUAGGUUUAAUUUAAACAAAGAAUUCGACAAAAUAUUUUCAAACUUUGCCUACUCAAAGGUAUGACAUUUACCCUUCUCUAUCCCGGGAGUGUUUUUUUUAUUGUAAAAAAAAAAUAAUGGGCCAAGGUGUCUGAAAUCAGGAGACAGUGCGCCAAAUUGGACAGAAAAGAACGACAUCAGACAAUAGUGUCGGACAUAAGACGGAAAUGACCGAAAUCGUUGGAUAGCGUCAGACAUCCAAUGGAAUUGUCAGAAAUUUGACGGAUGGGUCCGAAGUCGGACCGAAUACUGGGCUGUCAGACGGAACUUUCCAAAAUCUGUUAUAACUGUUUGAAACAGUUAUAUCAGAAAUAGUAGGAAAUAGUAGUUCUGUCGAUGUUAUCACAAUUUCUGUAAAUUCCAGUCGCAUUUUGGAGCACUGGUCUAAUAUUUAUGACACGAAAUAGUAUCAAACUAUUUUAGCUUUAUGAUGCUCUUUUGAUGAACAAACAAAACUUACGGAGGAACAAACUUUAAGAGGGAAACGGCCAAAUCAAAGAGUUUGUAUUGCAAUAAUGAUUUUAAUGUCAAGUAUUAUUUCACUUCAGAUGGAACGCGACAAGGAAAUGUUUAAAGUUAGGGAUGAUCAUCUCUUACACUUUCAAGGUGUGUUAGAAACACAGAUUUUAUCAACAUAACAGAUCAUUGGUUAGAUUUGGUUUGGAUUAACAAUUUUACCUAGAAAGUAAUCCAGGUUUACAUUGGAUUGACUCCGUUUUUCUCUGCGUCACUCUCUCAACCAACCAAGAGCAGAAACAAAAACCAGUGGGAACCAGUGUUCCUCGCGUUUUUCAGCUCUUAGGGUGGUUUCAUUGAUUUCACUCUGGUUUCUCUUUGGCUCCUCGUGAUAUUAUUCUGUGCUCUGAUUGGCUGUUUUGAUAAGUGUGGUUUGUGACUCUCACUCGCAAAGUGCUCUAUUGGUGGGACUCAGUGACUGAAUGAACUACUACAAAUAAAACAUGCCAGACAAAUACAACCGCUCAUCUUAACAAAGAUAAAUUUUAAUGGGCCUCUGAGAACUCUAAUCUGCACCCCACAACUGACGUCUAGCACAAUAAUUUUUGAUGUAACCAAGUUGUUUGGUUUCAGUUUAUUCGGCUUAUUGUUUUAAAAGGUGGUAGAUCCAAAUAAAAAUAAUUUUUUUUCAUUUUUGACUUUAACAGAGAGAUUUCCAAAUGUUGCCGCUCGUGAGAUAGAAAAUGCAAUAUUUGAAGAAACCAAAUCAGUGUUUAGGAACAACGUUCUUUAUUCGUCCCAAAGGUACAAUAAUCAUUUUACAAUAUUAUUCCUUAUAAGGAUUAUUUCUUGAUACAUUUAACUCACAACGUAGAAUGGUUUUAGAAACGAAGUUAAGUGCAAAGGGGAUGUUUCCGUCCACACCGCUCAAGAUAAACCAAGGAAAACUUGAUCUGUAGGAUAAACAUGUUAGGGGAGCUGAUUUUAUCUCAGACUUUACCUUUAAGGUGUAGAGUGGCGUACUUAAGUACUCCCAAAGCGCUGAGGUAAUCGGUUCAUACCAUGACGAAGACUACUGAGUAAGUUUUGAAAAUUUACAACGAUGUACACUUAUUUUGUUCAGAUGUGAUGGACGUGCGUUUGAUGCUCUUCGACCCAUAAGAUGUGAAGUUGAUUUGUUCAAGAGUCUUCAUGGAUCUGCUUUAUUUCAAAGAGGAGAAACCCAGGUUUGCCUCUCUCUAAAGAGAGUUUAAGAUCCAUGUUUGGUAUAUUCACCGCAAACGUCAAACCGCGGUCAGCAGUCUGUAGUUAGAAGUUAGAACUUUCGAGACUUUCAGCUUUUUAGAUCGACGUCGGCUUUCGCCUGGAAAAAAAAAAUUAUCAUGCGCGCCGCUAUCUUGAAUUACACAAAGUAUGGAGGGCACAAACACAAAAUGUGGCUAAAACGUUGGUUUUCUCGCGUCCCAAACGGAUUGCUUAUAAAGAAAUGACUUCACCUCACAUAUAUUUAUGGGACGUACGUGAGAAUUUUCGAAUGGGGAGAAAAAAAGCGUCUAGGGAGUUCAAUUACCUGAAACUGCUUUGCCUGAAGUUCAAACGUGGACAGCAAAUGGCGAACAUGACCACUGGAGUCUGGUCACGUGCCUCCCAGUCGUGUGCGGUCACACGUAUUCUGAAACCAACUUGAAUCUAAAACUCCCUAAUGAUUCAUUUCGACUUCGUGACUCACAACCAUCAUAAAAGGUAGUACUGUAAUAUUUUAUCUACACAGCUACUGCAGUAAACAAAUUAACCCAUUCCUUAUUUUUCUCGAAAGGUGUUUUGUACAGCAACACUUGGAUCCCUUCGUUCUGCAAAACAACCUGACGCCGCCGUUGUAGGGGUCGGGUAAGUAAGGAUUUGUUGGAGCAUUUUGUGUUAAGUUUGCCGAUGAUAAAUUUGCUCUCGAUUUUUCUUGAUGGUUUCACGAGAAGAAACAAAGCUACCGUCAGCUUUUUUGGGUAACAUAACAGCUACUUGGAGAAAGUUUACAGUAUUGCAUGCUUUCUGUUCUAUUGAAUGGACUUGUUCUUCUUUUCAAAAUUCGGUAAAAUUUUCAAGUAUGAUGACAGGUUUCCUUAAUAACAUUUCGUUUCCUUUUGUUGUGCAGCGACGUCAAAGAAAGACCAUUCAUGCUUCACUAUGAGGUAGGUUGUGUAUCGAGUUCUGUAAUUGCUGAAAGCGCUGGUGUCACCUGGACUGGGGUCUAGAUCUUACUACUAACACAUCAAUACAAAGAAAGCUGUGAACUUCUUUCUUAAUUGUUGUUUAUUUCAGUGUUAUGACAUUUUUACUCACUAAUUACUAAUUCACAGCUAACAUUUCUUUUGGUUGAUUACAAAUAGUUUCCACCAUUUUGUGUGAAUGGAAUAGGGUUGAUCGGUGGUUCGAGUCGACGAGAAAUUGGUCAUGGUAAGAUAAACAUUUUACAUCACUGAUUUGUAGAAGAAGACGAUAUUUGCCUUAAGUAUUUAAUUGCUUUAAUUUAACACUGUGGGUGUUCCCUUUAGAUAAACGAUAACUGGCUCCAUUUGGCGCGAAAAUCCGCUUGGAAAACUGAGUCCAAGGACAAAUUCCAAUAAUAUUUUCAGAUAACACUGUUAAUUUGUAAUUUGUGAGAAAUCAAACAGUUUUGUUCGUUUAUUUUAGGUAAUUUAGCAGAAAUGGCUUUAGAACCAGUUGUUCCCAAGGAUUUUCCAUUCACCAUCCGACUUACAUCUCAAGUGUUAGAAUCCAAUGGUAGGCAAGAUAGUCCAUCCUCAGAUGAGGUUCAACUGGUAUCAUGUCUUACAAGAUGUAGUUUUCUUUUUUAUUUCUGGCCCGCGAUAAAAAUCAUCGCAGCAGUUUUGUGUUUAACAAUUUUUUUUUCCUUUUUUAACAGGUUCAUCAUCUUUAGCAUCUGUUUGUGCUGGAAGUUUGGCAAUGAUGGAUGCUGGUAGGUAUUUUCUUCAAUAAUUAUUAUUGUUAUAUUUACCGCUAUUUAGAUCACAGUUUUUGUCUUCGUUUUCCUUUUCAUUGAUCUUUAUCUUCAUCACUGCAGUUUACGCUACUGAUAAUACCACUGUUAUAAGCAAACCUUCUGUUACUAUGAUCGUGAUCGGCUCGAAAAUUAUCGUUAACAUCGUUAUCGUUGCCUUUACAGUUAACGUUAUCGCCAUCGUUACCAUUACGUAGAGUAUAAUUGUUUUAGCAUGCUCUGAAGAAACAACUAAAUACUUGCAUAUGAUUAUGUGGCACUUUUAACCCUUAAAUUACUAUUUUUCAUAUCACAGCGAUUCCAAUCACUCGUCCUGUUGCAGGAGUUGCCUGUGGUUUGAUAACAAGCAGUGAUGCAGAGGACCCGGAUAAACCAGACAUAGAAAAUUAUUGUCUUCUGACAGAUAUCUUGGUAAGAAACAUAAUACGUGUGAGUAAGGGGUUUAAAUUGAUAAAGUUUACUCAGAACAAGUUUGGAAAUGUUUGUUGUCUCACUUUGUUGCAAUAACAACACUUAUUUCAUUAGGGCAUUGAAGACUUUAUGGGUGAUAUGGACUUUAAACUUGCCGGAAGCAGAGAAGGAAUAACAGCUCUACAGGUAAAUUGCCUUCCGUUUACUACCCAUCUAAUAUUAUUGUGUUAGAUAUCAAAUUAAGCUUUGGUGACUUGCGCGUUUUGUUUGUGAUAGGCUGAUUUCAAGGUACCAGGCCUUCCGCUACACAUUGUAGAAGAGGCAGUCAAAAAGGCAACUGGUAAGAAGUAGUAGCUAACAGAUGAGGAAAUAGAAUUAACUUACGCCGGACAAGGAAUAUUUAGAUGUGGAAAUACCUAACUGUGAUACUUGUGGAUGGCAAAGUGAAAUCAGGAACCGAACAAACUUCUUUGUGAUUUGUGACAUUGACAGAGAGCCAAUUUCUCCUCUUAAGUUUUUCUUUUGUCCUCGGUAGUUGCACAAAUGUCAAUCUGAUUUUCUAGUCAGGACGAGUUUUUUUUACCUCAGUGUUCCUCUUUGCGACCAUCAAAUUGCUAUUCCCUCCAAUUAAAAAAUUAAUGCUCGUUUUGAAGACGCCUUGGAAGGUUUUCUGGUAGAAUUUAAAGGGCAACGCUUGUUAACGUGUCACUUCACUUUCCAGCUGAUCGGAUGAAAGUUUUGGAUUUAAUAGAAGAAUGCCAAAGCGGUCCGAGAAAAAUACCCAAAGACAAUCUGCCAGUUCAAGGUGAGCUUUUUUAACUUAACUUUACAGAGAUAUCGUUUAUCAUACAACAAACGAUCACUUUCAUCAUUAUUAGGUCAUCCCCCGACUUGCGUUUUGGGAUCCAGCCUGAGAAAUAACGAUCGACGAGUUUAUCACCUUUCCUUAUGUUCUUGCUGUUGAUGGAAUUUUAUCUUUCUGCUCACGUAGGAAAUGUAGUUCUUUCUCGAUUACAAGUUAGAAAGCUGUUUGCUGCUGGCGGACUGACAAUAAAAAACCUGCAGGAAGAGACAGGUUAGUAUCAGCUACUAAGUGAAAAAGAAGGAAAGAUAAUGAAUGACUUUCACGUAGCACAGUUCAACAAACGGGACAAUUUACUCACAUAUACUGGUAUCCUUUACUUAGCACGAAAUGACCGGGAACAUGUAGCCAGCGCUCGUUGUACUGUCUUGGUCUUAGCUUUUGUAUUAGGUAAUAGAGGUUUGUAAAAUGUUCUCCUAUGUAAGUCAUUGAGUACUGACUAACUUAAAAAUAAGGUAUUCUUACAAAUAAUUCUUUCUUCACUGGAGAGAUGUCUCAUGUACGCGAACAUUUAGCUCACUUUUAGGGGUAUGGAAAAUAAAUUUAAAUCUUCAAGUCGAUUAUAUUUGAAAUCAUUCUCAUUUAUCUUUAUCUCAAGUGCUAAUGACCAAUGUAACGUGUUUCUGGUUUAAAGGUUCAAUCAUUACACGAGUUGAAGAUGAUGAGUUUCACGUGUUUGCUUAUGACGCGAAAGCUUUCCAGGAAGUAUUAGACAAGAUGAAUGAAAUUACUACCGGUGCCGACACGGAAAAGGUAUCACAAUCUUUGCUCCAGGGUUAAACUGAUUCAUCAUUUGAACAGGCUGCGUGCAUUCAGUCAGAUAUGUUACUGUUGGUUGUAAAAUAACUGACUGAUUGCCUCCCGUGUUACCUGGAGUCGUAAAAAACAACUUAACGAUAUACUUGCUACAGGAGGUUGCGCCGGUAAAAUGUGCGAACAGGAAUCAAAGUUCUGGGUUAAAAAGCUGAUUUUUUUUUUCAUGUUCAGGAAACCAUGGAAUUAAAUAAAAAAGAAACCUGCUAAAAAAGGAUCGCAGUGCAACACAGUACACUUUCUUACCGAAACUUUGACUAACAUUCCGUUACAUGAAACCUAAAUCGUUCUAACGUGAUAUCGUAAAUUCUCUAUUAUUUAACGUCUGCAACAGCUUAGAAAUUUCCAACUUUAUUUCUUCUUCCCUAAUUUUCUUUUGUCUCUUAUUGCGUUUAUUUCCUUCACUAAGCACUGGACAGAAUCUCUUGAAGUUGGAGCUACAUACAAAGCAAUUAUUACUGAGUUUAGGUAAGAGAAAACAAACCUUUGAGACCCGUGUCUUUCUGCUUUCAUCAACUCGUCAACUGUUCGAACCCAUCUCUUUUCAUGCUCUGUUGUAACACAGUUUGCUUUUUUACGCUGAGGCUGCAAAACUUGUGGUGCUUACUUAAUAUGCAUACGCGUAAAUGUGAUCACAUGACACCAGUACUCUGAAAAUACCACUGGUUACCUGUUGAUGGGUGCAUAGUUUUUAAAAAUUCUUUUAUUGACAUAUAAAUGCUUGAAGGGCUUAGCGCCACCAAACCUCUGCGAUCUUAUAACAAAAUAUUUGCUCAGAUACAAUUUAAGAUUAGUUAUUGGCCAUCGUUUGGUUGACCUUGGUUACAAACUUGCCAGAUAUGGUUCAAGAUCAUUUUCUGUAACCGCGGCUAAACUCUGGAACGCACCGUCGCUGGAAAUCCGUUUAAGCGACAAUUUGUAGCAAUUCAAGCGCAAUCUUAAAAUACAUCUUUUCAGGAAAGCCUCUUAAUUAGUUAUUUAGGUAUGUAGUUAGUAAGUUUUUACUCGUGAGGUUUUUUAUUCUCAGUUCUUAUUGUGAUUUUGACAGCUUAGUUAUGUUAUUAGUAAGUUUAACUUUCUACGUGAGGUAUUUUAACAUCAUUGUAAAGUGCUAUUGGAUAGCGACAGAAAAAGCGCUAUUUAAAUAUAGUAUUAUUAUUAUGAUUAUUUUGUCAUUCCAGGGAGUACGGGAUUAUGGUAGAACUUUUACCGGACACACCCAGUGUACUUUUACAGACUUCAGAAAUAUCUCACCAUAAAGUAAGUCGACGUAACGAAGUAACUGUGACAAGAUAGUCUCAAUAUCACAUCGAGUGGUCAUAAACUGGACUUACAUGUGGCACAUAUUUUCAUUCAGAUAGGAAGUGCGGUCUACUGCUUUCAUGGUAAAGCCAUGGGCCUGCUGUACAUAGCCUUUAAGGCUGGCGGCCCUUUGUGCCCUUUAAAGCUAUGAGCGGAGAAUUUUAGCCGCCCGUUUUCACAGGUCCGUCGCCUAACGCUCACAGCACACUCAAAACCACCAGUUACUCAGGCUUAUCGUGAUACAAUAAAAGCCUUGGGUUUGUCCAGUCCAGCAUGUGUGGUAUUUCAGUUAUUUUGCACAAUCUUGUAUCGAGUGAUCAUUGAUAUAUGUUCUUCAAAAUUCACUGCUUCGUUGAAAGAAAGGUUUUCAUAGUCUAGGAAAGUUGUUUGGAAACAGUAAAAUGAAACCCUCUGAACUAAGUACUUGCUUCUCAGGUUUUAUUUUCCUAGUUUUUUCCGCAAGCAUUAUAGGCUGAUUUUUUUACCGACGGAUAUUUCCUAUUAACUUAAAACCUCCUCUGCUGUUGUCUGAGCUUUUUUUCUUUUCUUUUCUUUUCUUUUCUUUUUUUUCUUCAGAGUCAUCAAACAACGAAUGAAUUUACACUAGGACAAAUCGUUGAUGUAAUGUAUCUUGGAAAAGACCCUUUCUCUGGAAAAGUUCGUCUGUCAAGAAAAGCACUUUUGCCGAAGCCGCAUGAUACCAUGAACCACGAAGAUUUUGUCGAAAAGUUCCUGAGCCCUUCAAAAAAUAAGAGGACUUGA